GUCUCCGAUGGGAGCGGGGCCCGUGGCGGCCGAGCGCGCUGAGAACAUUUCUACCCUGCACUGAGGGCAAAUACAUCUUCAUCUUCAGCAGGACUGGGAUUUCCAGGCAAGCUUGCUUUUGUGAAAAAUCUUAAUUUUUAAAAGUCCAUCUCAUAGUUUUUAUUGUUGUGUUUCAGCGGACCAUCGAGAAACCAUGAACAACUUUUGUAAUGAAGAGUUUGACUGCCAUUUCCUUGAUGAAGGCUUCACUGCCAAGGACAUUCUGGACCAAAAAAUUAAUGAAGUGUCAUCUUCUGAUGACAAGGACGCCUUCUAUGUUGCCGACUUGGGAGAUAUUCUAAAGAAACAUCUGAGGUGGUUAAAAACUCUUCCUCGGGUCACUCCAUUUUAUGCUGUCAAAUGCAAUGACAGUAGAACCAUAGUGAAGACCCUUGUUGCUCUCGGGACUGGGUUUGACUGUGCCAGCAAGAAUGAAAUACAGUUGGUGCAGAGUCUGGGGGUGCCUCCUGAGAGAAUUAUCUAUGCAAAUCCUUGUAAACAAGUAUCUCAGAUUAAGUAUGCUGCCAAUACUGGAGUCCAGAUGAUGACCUUUGACAGUGAAGUUGAGUUGAUGAAAGUUGCAAGGGCGCAUCCAAAGGCAAAGUUGGUUUUGCGGAUUGCCACUGAUGAUUCCAAAGCAGUCUGUCGCCUCAGUGUUAAAUUUGGUGCCACGCUCAAAACCAGCAGAUUACUUUUGGAAAGGGCAAAAGAACUGAAUAUUGAUGUCAUCGGUGUCAGCUUCCAUGUGGGAAGUGGCUGUACUGAUGCUGAGACCUUUGUGCAAGCCAUCUCUGAUGCUCGCUGUGUCUUUGACAUGGGGACUGAGGUUGGCUUCAACAUGUAUCUACUUGAUAUCGGUGGUGGAUUUCCUGGAUCUGAGGAUGUUAAGCUUAAAUUUGAAGAGAUCACCAAUGUAAUCAACCCAGCCCUUGACAAGUAUUUUCCCUCUGAGUCUGGAGUGAAAAUCAUAGCUGAGCCGGGAAGAUACUACGUUGCCUCAGCUUUCACUCUUGCAGUUAAUAUCAUUGCUAAGAAACUUGUCAUAAAGGAACAGACAGGUUCUGAUGAUGAAGAGGAGUCGAAUGAGCAGACCUUUAUGUAUUAUGUGAAUGAUGGAGUAUAUGGAUCAUUUAAUUGCAUCCUUUAUGAUCAUGCGCACGUGAAGCCUCUUCUGCAAAAGAGACCCAAGCCAGAUGAGAAGUAUUAUUCAUCCAGCAUAUGGGGGCCGACAUGUGAUGGCCUGGAUCGUAUAGUUGAGCGCUGUGAUCUGCCCGAGAUGCAUGUGGGCGAUUGGAUGCUCUUUGAAAACAUGGGCGCUUAUACCAUUGCUGCUGCUUCGACUUUCAAUGGAUUCCAGAGACCCACUAUCCACUAUGUGAUGUCAGGCUCAACAUGGCAACUCAUGCAGCAGAUCCAGAACCGGGACUUGACCUCCGAAACAGAGGAGCAGGAUGUCAGUGCUUUGCCUGUGUCUUGUGCACAGGAGAGCGGCAUGAAGCGGCCAGCAGCAGCCUGUGCUUCCACCAGUAUUAAUGUGUAGAUAUGAUUCUUGUAGCUCUUCACUUGCAAGCCUAGCUUGAAUUAUAUGGGAUGUGGGGGACCAUUUAAUUUAAUCACUGCUAGUGGAAAUGUCUUUGAAAGUAAGGGAGGGUUGGCAUAGAUGCAACAGUAUGGAAGACUAAGAGAUGGGUCACACUUAAUCUGUGUUCCUAUGGAAACUAUUUGAAUACUUGUUUUAUAGAUUUUUAUCCACUUCUCAAAACAUGCUACUAGAGUGUAUCCCCUCAGCUACUGAAGCGCAAGCAUUUGUAGCUUGGGCAUUGGUGGACUGGGGCAGGACAUUAGCUGUGUUGUCACCAGUUUAAAAAAUAAAGUAUCUUGAAAUAAUUAGA